CAAAUUAAUUAGAAGAAGUAGCGCAAAUUUAUCUACGGCCGCCCAUCUCUCCGACCGCUCUGUGCACUUUCUUCCCUUCUCUCUGUCUACCGUCGCCGACGACGCCGCCCCGCGGCCUUCUCAUCUCUCUUUCUCCACCUCGAUCUGCUGCCUUCCGAGGAGCGAAUUAUUGUUCUUUGCAUCUUCGAUCUCUCCGCCUCGACGUCGUGGGUCGUCGCUCCGACGCGUCGGUCGCCUUGGUAGCCCUAUUGGUUGAUCCCCUUCAGGGCGGAGGUCUUGGAGAUUUCAGACCAAGGGAUUAAAUGCGGGAUUCGUUUUAUUGUCGGAAGAUUCCGACCUGUCGAUCGAUCAGGCAUUACUUGGGAAAUUAGGGUUUUGUGUGUUUCUUGAAGAUGCCGAGGUGUUCGCAGCAACGGACGCGUAAGCAAUCGAGUGACCGGUCGGACUCCGAGGAGGGGGAGAGCCUCCGGGAGAGGAUAACCAGAGAGGAGGAGGCCGUGGGGAGUUUGGCGCCUAGGGUGUCUUGGGAUUCAGAGCCGGAGAAACGGAGAUCCGUGCACGAGCAUUCGGGGAAAGAGAUUCUGUACAGUAGCAAUGGAGACGCCUUGAGUGAGAAGAAGCGUAAAGCCAGAGAGGACAAACAGGUGGUUGUUGCUGAUCGGUGGAACGAUGGCCAGGAGAAUGAUGAGAAGUGGUCAAAAGACGAUGACGACGACGAUGAUGAAUAUGAGGAACUUGGUGAGCGAAACCAACUCCUAGGAUUUAUGUUUGGAAAUGUUGAUAACCUUGGUGAUCUAGAUGCUGACUAUCUAGAUGAGGAUGCAAAGGAACAUCUUUCUGCAUUGGCUGACAAGCUUGGCUCAUCUCUUACUGACAUUGAUUUGAUUAAAUCAUCACCAGCACCAUCUGUUUCUUCUGAACAAGAUUAUGAUGAAAAGGCUGAAGAUGCUAUUGAUUAUGAAGAUAUUGAUGAACAAUAUGAUGGGCCAGAGGUUGAAGCCACAACAGAAGAAGAUCUCUUGCUUCCAAGGAAAGAAUACCUCUCUUCGAGUUCAUUAUUGGUCUCUUUGGAUCAAAAGAACUCUAUAUUUGAUGAGGAAAAUUAUGAUGAGGAUGAAGAAAUAGUAAAAGAUAACGCGUUAGUUGAUGAUAAUAUUGAAAAUGGAAUAUCCACUUCAUCAGCGAUUCCUCCUGACAACAACUUGGCUUCUGCCAUGUCUUCAGAGGAAGAUGCUGAUACUUUUGAAUUGGAUGAUCUAGAGGAACAACCUGCAAGUGAACAAGAAAAGAUAGGGUCUCGUGCUGAUACAUCCCUUCCAGUGCUAUGUGUUGAGGAUGGUAUGGUGAUCUUGAGGUUCUCUGAAAUGUUUGGUAUACAUGAAGCUGUAAGAAGACCGGAAAGAAAAAGUCAUCAGAAGCGCCCGAUAGAGCGUGUAAGAAUGUUGGAUGUUUCUGAUUUUGUUGAAGAAGAUGAGGAAGUCUUUUUGAGAAGCUGUUCUAAAGAUUUAAUUAUUGCCAAGAAUACUCAUUCUACUCUUGUUGCCUUUGAUGAUCUUGUGGAAGAAGUGUCUGACAUAGCUCAUGAGAAACUUGAUGACACAUAUCUUUGUGCUCAGCCAAUGAAGGAUAUUACAACGAAUAUGUUGGUUGGGCGAACUCCAGUACUUACGGAUCUUUAUCCUUUUGAUCAACAUGACUGGGAAAAUAACAUUAUUUGGGGAAAUUCUCCUGAAGCUAGCCAUGACUGUUCAGAUAACUGUAUCGCAGCUGAAGCUGAAGUUGAGACAAACUAUGUCACAGCUGAAUCAGAAGGAUUUUGGCAGAGAAAUGCUGAAGCUGCUGAUAAGGAUCCUGAUUUGCUGAAGGAUCCUCUUUUAGUAGAAUCAUUUGGUUCCAGAAGUUUUUCAAUCCCAAGAUUUAAUAAAGCUUGUGAUGUGACAUGUCUGCCACAAUCAAACGGUUCAGAAUUGAAUUCUAAAAGGGUUCUCUUGAGUUCUACAGAAUCUGUGACUGAUAAAAGGUCUGAGGCUGUUAGCAAAGAUGGUGUUUUGGGACGGCUGAACAAACUCUCUUCACUCAAUAAAGAAUUCCUAGAGAGUUCUUGGUUAGACCAUAUCAUCUGGGAUUCUGAUGAAAAUAUUCCGAAGCCCAAGCUUAUCCUUGAUCUUCAGGAUGAUCAAAUGCUUUUUGAGAUUUUGGAUUACACUGUAAGCGAUCAGUUGUCUCAUGCAGGUGCCAUGAUCAUCAGCCGUCCGCAGUCUUCCAUGGAAGACUCUCUCGAUCUUCAUAUUCAAGCAAUUACUACUGCUGGUCGAUUUAACAUCUCUAAUGACAAAUACUACUCAAAUCGAAAAACAUCUCAGCAAACAAAAUCACAUGCUAAAAAGCGUUCUGUAACAUAUAUGAAAGUCAUGCAUUCUUUGCCUGCAUUGAAGUUGCAAACCAUGAAGCCCAAGUUGAGCAAUAAGGAUAUCGCAAAUUUUCAUAGGCCUAAAGCCUUAUGGUAUCCACAUUACAACGAAGCUGCUGCUAAAGCACAAGGAGUACCUUGUUCUCAGGGGCCAAUGAAGGUGGUUUUGAUGAGCCUUGGAGGGAAAGCUAUCAAACUUAAUGUAAAUGCAGAGGAAAUGCUGCUAUCUGUCAAAUUGCGAGCAUCAAAGAAAUUUGAUAUCAAACCAACUGAAAAAUUUAAGAUACUUUAUUCUGGAAGAGAGCUAGAAGAUGAUAUGACUCUCGCUGCCCAAGGUAUAUGUCCGAAUUCUAUGCUUCAUCUUGUGUGCACUAGGAUACACUUGUGGUCAAAGGCGCAAAAGAUGCCUGGAGAGAAUAGACCUCUGAGGCCUCCUGGGGCAUUCAAGAAAAAAUCCGAGCUUUCUGUAAAGGAUGGGCAUAUCUUUCUUUUGGAAUACUGUGAAGAAAGACCGUUGCUUUUGGGCAAUGUUGGGAUGGGUGCUAGGUUCUGCACAUAUUAUCAGAAAACAUCACCUGGUGAUCAAACUGCCUCAUCAUUGCGAAAUGGUAACAAUGGCCUGGGAACUCUCCUCCCUCUUGAUCCUGCUGACAAAUCUCCCUUUCUUGGCGAUAUCGGUCAGGGAUGCAGUCAGUCAUGCCUUGAAACAAAUAUGUACCGUGCACCUAUAUUUCCUCAUAAAUUAUCAUCAACAGACUUUCUUUUGGUUCGCUCGGCAAAGGGAAUGCUUUCUCUUAGGCGGAUAGACAAAUUAUAUGUAGUUGGACAGCAAGAACCUCAUAUGGAAGUGAUGUCUCCAGGAACAAAAAAUGUUCAGACAUAUCUUGUUAAUAGAAUGAUAGUACACAUAUACAGGGAAUUUCAUGCAAAAGAGAGGCCUGGCAUCCUCCCAUAUAUUCGAGCUGAUGAAUUGUCAGGUCAGUUCCCAGGCCUUACAGAUGCGUUUCUGCGAAAAAGGUUGAAACAUUGUGCUGAUUUAAAGAAAGGAUCUAAUGGGGAGUUGCUUUGGGUGAAGAAGGGUGAUUUUCGCAUUCCAUCAGAGGAAGAGCUGAGGAGGAUGGUGUCACCUGAGAAUGUUUGCUCAUAUGAAAGUAUGCAAGCUGGUCUUUAUCGCCUUAAACAAUUGGGUAUUAGUAGGCUCACUCACCCUGUUGGCCUUUCUUCUGCAAUGAAUCAACUUCCUGAUGAAGCUAUUGCUCUAGCUGCUGCAUCACACAUUGAGAGGGAAUUGCAGAUAACCUCAUGGAAUCUUACAAGCAACUUUGUUGCAUGCACAAAUCAGGACCGAGAAAAUAUCGAGCGGUUGGAAAUUACUGGUGUUGGGGAUCCUUCUGGCCGGGGGCUUGGAUUUAGCUAUGUGCGUGUGACACCAAAGGCUCCUAUUUCUUCUGCAAUCUCUAAGAAAAAGGCUGCUGCUGCUCGAGGGAGUUCAACAGUGACCGGGACUGAUGCUGAUCUUCGGAGACUGAGCAUGGAUGCAGCACGUGAGAUCCUCUUAAAAUUCAAUGUUCUUGAAGAGCAAAUUGAUAAGCUAACUAGGUGGCAUCGAAUUGCUUUAGUACGGAAACUAUCUAGUGAGCAAGCUGCUGCAGGAGUCAAAGUAGAUGCUACAACACUGAAUAAAUUUGCUCGUGGGCAGAGAAUGUCUUUUCUUCAGCUACAGCAGCAAACUAGAGAAAAAUGUCAGGAAAUUUGGGACCGACAAGUUCAAAGCCUAUCUGCUGCUGAUGGUGAUGAAAAUGACAGUGAUUCUGAAGCAAAUAGUGAUCUAGAUUCAUUUGCUGGGGACCUUGAGAAUUUGCUGGAUGCUGAGGAAUGUGAGGAAGAGGAUGAUGGUAAUACCGACAUGAGAGAAAAAGCAGAUGGGGUUAAGGGUCUCAAAAUGCGAAAGUGUCAACCUCAAAGUCAAACAGAAGAAGAAAUUGAAGAUGACAAAGCUGAAGCAGCUAUGAUACACAGACUGCUUGAAGAUGAUGGAGAUGAAAUAAAAAGAAAAAAAAAGAAAUCUAUUGGAAUGGAUGGUGGUUCAGAUUUAGUUCUGGAGCAUGCUGAUUCCAAGAAAACAAGCACUGCUGACAGCUUGUUUAUUUCCAAAGACACGUUAAAAGAAUCUAAAGAGGUUGAGAAACUUCACAGUAAAAAAAAGAUUUUUGCCAAGUUAAAACCCAAAAAGGGUAAUGAGGUUAGCGAGGAUGUAUCAACGGGACUAGUAAAAAGAAAAGGUCCUGCAGCAAAAGAUGGGAUGAAGGUUGUCAAGGAAAAAAAACCAAGUGAUAAACCAGUGAGAGAAAGUUUUGUUUGUGGUGCCUGUGGUCAGCUUGGGCACAUGCGUACCAACAAGAACUGCCCGAAAUAUGGAGAAGAACCAGAAUCCUCAGAACUAGAAAGUAUUUCUGCUAAACCUAGUCAUUCAGACAUUGCAACUCGGUUUCAAGCAAAAACAGCAGGCAAAAAGAUGACUUUCAAAGUCAGUGAGGGAGAUGCACCAGAAACCAUGGAGAAAGGUGGACUAAAGAUGCAAGGAAAAGUAAUUCCAGUAAAGUUCAAGUGUGGCCCUAGCGACAAGCCAUCAGGGAAAAACUUAGCCGAGGCUAAUUCUUUUAAGAAACAAAGAACAGAAGUGCAUGCUGAGACUAAAUCAUCAUUGAAGAUCAAUAAGAUAAUAAUAUCUAAUAAAGUAAAGGCUGAGGAUGCUCAUCAGGAAAAGCUGAGGCCUUCUGUAGUAAUACGGCCGCCUGUUGACACAGAGAAUGAUCCGCCUCGAAAGAAAAUAAUUAUUAAACAGCCAAAAGUCACAACUGCAGAGCCCUCCAAACAUGAAUUUGAUACUGAAAUGGAUUAUGAUUUUAGAAAGACCAAAAAAAUUGCUGAAUUAUCAAGUUUUGAUAGACAAAGAAGGCCAGAGAAUCAAUGGUUUGCUGAAGAGACAAGUAAGAGAUAUCAAAGUUUCGGCAAGAGAUCAUUGGAGGAGGUAGAUAAAAGGAGAAGUAAAGAGAACAUAAUAGAAGAAAAAUCUAGGAGGCGAAUAGAGGAGGAAAUAGCACAUGAAGAGCGCCAGCGACGGCUGGAGUCUAGAAGGUAUGAAGAGGAAAUUAGAAUGGAGGAAUUAAGGAAGGCAAAGAAGAAGAAGAAGAAGAAAAAGGCAAAACCAGAUUUUAGAGAUGAAUAUUUAUUGGAGUCUCGGCCAUACAAAAAUGAUAGAAGGAUGCCUGAAAGGGAUCGAGCAGCAAAAAGGAGGGCUAUUGUAGAAUCAGGACAGAUGGAGUAUGUGCCAUUAGCUAAACGCCGUAGAGGAGGAGAGGUGGAACUUGCAAAUAUAUUGGAGAGCAUUGUUGAAAAUCUGAAGGAUAAGAUUGAAGUAUCAUACCUAUUCCUCAAACCCGUUACAAAGAAAGAAGCUCCUGACUAUCUGGAGAUCAUUGAUCAUCCUAUGGACCUAUCCACAAUAAGAGGCAAGGUUAGAAACUUGGAGUACAAAUCCAGGGAGGAUUUCAGGCAUGAUGUGUGGCAAAUAACUUUCAAUGCACACCUGUACAAUGAGGGACGAAACCCAACCAUUCCUCCACUGGCCGAUGACCUUCUAGAGUUGUGUGACGACUUGUUGCUUCAAAGACACGAGGAAUUAAGUGAGGCCGAAGAGGCAUUGUAGAUCAGGAAUGCAGAAGAAGAUUCGUUCUGUAAUUUCAAUAACCAAAAGUUUAGUCUAGUUUAGUCGCAUGUAAUUUAGCUAGUCCUUUAAUUAUAAGUUGCUCCUUGAUCAGAUGAUGGGGGCAUUGUUUUGUUUAUUUGGUGUACAAAGUCGUCCAAGUCAUCAUCAUGUAACCCAUGAAAAGAGAGCAUUUGUAACAUUAGAAUUGUUGAAUGGAUAAGGGGAAAAAAAACUUCUUUAA